AUGGUCCUCUUGGCCCCACGGAAACGGCCUCAACUAUACAACCUUGCAAGAGAUCCUCCAGACCGUCCCAAGCCCAGAGAAGGCAAGGAAUGGAGCAGAUAUUAUACGUCGGGUCCACAUUUAGCGGGCAAAAAUCUGAGCCAAGGCCUUAUGGACUCAGAAAAAAUGGCAAGGAAUAUGGCCUUGAAACUAGCAUCUCGUCAUAUGACAUAUACAUCAACUACCCGGGAAAAUAUGACUGUGAAGUUUGAAGCCACUUUGAAAGAAGAUAUCUUGGCUAGGGAUUCCACCACGGGCUUAAAUGGUCGUAUCCCUACUUUCCACGGGUACUCGGCAAGUGGGAAUGUCACAGCCCGAUAUGUCUAUGCCAACUUCGGAACGUAUCAUGAUUUUGAUGAUCUGCUGAAAGCGAACGUAAGCCUCGAAGGGAAAAUCGCCUUAGUGAAAUACGGUGGUAUCUUCCGUGGCUUGAAAGUGAAGCGUGCACAGGAGCUCGGGAUGGUGGGCCUUGUUGUGUAUUCCGACCCCCAGGCGGAUGGCGAUAUAACUGAAGCAAACGGCUAUAAGCCGUAUCCGGAAGGCCCCGCUCGCAAUCCUAGCGCGGUGGAGCGGGGUAGUGUGCAAUUUUUAACCAUUUCGCCCGGUGACCCAACGACCCCAGGAUAUGCUUCUACCCCGGGCUGUCCUCGCCAGAACCCGAAUCACUCAAUUCCGUCAAUUCCCUCACUCCCAAUAUCGUUCAAAGAUGCUAUACCGCUUCUUAAAGCCCUCAAUGGACAUGGACCUGAAGCUUCCGAUUUCAAUGCGCACUGGCAAGGUGGCGGUCUUGGCCAUAAAGGAGUAGAUUACAAUAUUGGCCCAAGUCCAGAAAACGCUGUCCUGAAUCUUUACAAUGAGCAGGAGUACGUUACAACCCCAAUCUGGAAUGUAAUCGGAGUCAUCAAGGGCUCCAUUCCAGAUGAAGUCGUUAUUAUGGGUAAUCACAGAGAUGCGUGGAUUGCAGGCGGGGCCGGGGAUCCGAAUAGCGGUUCCGCCGCUUUGAACGAAGUCAUUCGCAGUUUUGGAUAUGCUAUGAAGGCCGGUUGGAAACCCCUUCGUACCAUCGUCUUUGCCAGUUGGGAUGGCGAGGAAUACGGUUUGAUUGGCUCCACAGAAUGGGUUGAGGAGAAUCUUACCUGGCUCUCUAACUCCAUAGUUGCGUACCUCAAUGUCGACAUGGCUACGAGUGGACAUCAUUUCACUGCACAAGCCAGCCCUUUAUUAAAAAAAGCUAUCUAUGAGGCAACGGGCCUUGUCCUUUCCCCCAACCAGACCGUUAAAGGUCAGACUGUCCUUGACGUCUGGGGCGGCAAAAUCUCCACGAUGGGAAGCGGAAGUGAUUUCACUGCGUUCCAGGAUUUUGCCGGCAUCGCCAGCCUCGAUUACGGUUUUAGGUCGAGGGCUGGGGAUGCGAUAUACCAGUAUCAUUCAAAUUAUGACAGUUUUGAUUGGAUGAAUCGUUACGGCGACCCGAAUUGGACAUACCAUGUUGCCGCUGCGAAAGUCUGGUCUUUAACAGCUGCGUACCUCGCAGAGAAACCUGUCUUGGGUUUGAACGCAACCGACUACGCCAAUGGGUUAGCCACGUACUUAACUUCGGCGAAAGAGAAAGCAGCCACAGGAUUCAGCUUCAAAUCACUUGACGCCGCGAUUGCGAAACUACGUAAAGCUGCAGUUGCUUUUGACGCAUACACUGCAUCACUGACAGCACAACUCGAUGAAAAUUUACCUUGGUGGCAUUGGUGGAAGAAGAUACGGCUUUUUUUCAAAAUUCGCACUGCAAACGGCAAAUAUAAAAACCUGGAACGGAAAUUCUUGCAUCAGGAUGGCCUAGAUGGGCGAAAUUGGUUCAAGCAUGUUGUUUUUGCUCCGGGGCUGUGGACUGGAUAUUCCGGUGUGACAUUUCCUGGCCUCGUCGAGAGCUUGGAGAGUGGUAAUUUGGAUAAUGCUAAGAAAUGGAGAGAUAUUAUUAAGGAGAAAAUUGACGAAGCCACGGCGUUGCUGAUGUGA